UCUGCCAUAAUUUUACCCUCUUCAAAGUCAAGUUAGCUGGUUCAUUGACAUUAAUUUACCCACCACUCCUCUCAACUGGCUUCACAAUUACAAAAGCUUGUGCUGUGCCAGACUAUGGAGAUGACAACAAUGGCGGAAAUGCUAAAGUGGGUGAUUUCUGGUCUGACAUUUUGGGAUUUCUCGAUUGCUUUGUUGGGGCUAUUCAUUUUCAGUUGUUUGCAGCAGAGGCUCACAACAAAAGGUCCGAUGCUGUGGCCGGUGCUUGGGAUACUACCGACAGUCUUCUUCCACAUGAACGACGUAUACAACUGGGCAACCCGAGUUUUGAUAGAAGCUGGAGGAACAUUCCACUACAGGGGAAUGUGGAUGGGAGGUUCGUAUGGCAUCAUGACAAUUGACCCUUUCAACAUUGAGUAUAUGCUCAAGACCAAUUUUAAUAACUUCCCUAAAGGUGAGUACUUCAAAGAGAGAUUCCGAGACCUGCUCGGGGAUGGGAUUUUUAACUCGGAUGAUGAGACAUGGAAGCAGCAAAGGCAACUUGCGAAGCUGAAGAUGCAUUCCGGUCGCUUUAUAGAGCACUCCUUUAAAACCAUGCAAGAUAUGGUGCACAAAAGGUUGUUGAUUUUAUUGGAAAAGCUGGCUAUUUCAGGGCAGUGCUUUGAUCUACAACAAGUGCUUCUUCGGUUUACAUUCGAUAACAUUUGCACUGCAGUUAUCGGCGUUGAUCCUGGAUGUUUGGCCCUUGAUUUACCACACAAUUACCUUGCGAAUGCAUUUGAAGAUGCCAUGGAACUUAGCCUGUUAAGAUUCUUGAUGCCACCUUUUGUAUUGAAGCCAUUGAAGUUCUUCCAGCUUGGAACUGAGAGACGGCUCAAGGAAGCUAUAAAAGUCGUUCAUGAUUUUGCAGAUAAAGCUGCGAGAGAUCAUCGUAACAUGCUAGACAACCUUGGAAACUUAAACGACCAAUCGGAUCUCCUGUCGAGCCUUAUACAGAGUGAAAUCAAGCAUUUUCCAGGUAAUUUCUUGAGAAAUUUCUGCGUGAGUUUCAUCAUAGCAGGUCGAGACACAACUUCGGUUGCAUUAGCCUGGUUUUUCUGGCUAAUACAAAAACACCCUGAUGUGGAAAGCAAAAUCCUGGCCGAAAUCCACGAUAUUUUAUGCCAUUCUCAGUGCAAUAAUGACUCAAGAGUUCUCACAGAAAAGGAAUUGAAAAAGAUGGUUUAUCUCCAAGCAGCAUUAUCUGAAUCCCUACGGCUCUACCCACCGGUGCCGUUUGAAAUGAAACAAGUCCGAGAAGACGAUGUACUCCCCGAUGAAACAAAGGUUAAAAAGGGUGCUCGAAUCUUCCACAGCAUAUACUCAAUGGGACGUAUUGAAUACAUAUGGGGUAAAGAUUGCUUGGAGUUCAAGCCAGAGAGGUGGAUCAAAGAUGGGAAGUUUGUGAGUGCAAACCAGUUCAAAUACGCCGUCUUUAAUGCCGGUCCGAGGUUAUGUUUGGGGAAGAAGUUUGCUUACACUCAGAUGAAAAUGGUGGCUGCUUCGAUUCUUUUAAGGUACUCCAUUAAGGUGGUUGAAGGUCACAGUGUUGUACCAAAGCUGACGACCACACUCUACAUGAAAAAUGGUUUGAUGGUGACGCUCAAGACCAGGUUGGUAAACAACGCUUAGAUUAUACCAA